UACGCUCUUUACUGCCCAAAUGGUUUUCAUGGCAUACGCAACAUGCAUUUGAUGUACUGUCAGCAUAGGAUGCACCAAGAGAAUGAUGCCACCGGUAGCUGAACGCGUAAGCAGAGGACCACACACCAACUUUUCUUCUAUUCAGCCUCAACCUAUCGUCCUAUUCAGCCUCUUCAAGAUUUUUCAAUCCCUCAACAACAACACCACCCGCAAGCUGCAGGAUUCAAUUAUUCACUCUAUCCUCUCUACACCCUUUCUCCGCAAUUUGAAUCAGCUUCAUCUGCUCGUCAUCGGCCCCUGGAACACUUAAACGUGGCACCAUGUUAGAGCUGCGCCGCUUGGACCAGCUUACCGAUCAUGGGG